AAUGAUAAGAGUUAAAGUGAACUUUGCCUUUCAAUUGUUUACAGCAUGUUUAAAACCUUAUCAACAACUUCAAAAUAAGAAUGUUGAUGUUAGAUUUAUGACUAAAGAUGAUAUAAAUAAAGUUCAUGCUUUGUGCUAUGAAGCAUUUUAUGAACAAUGGAUAUUUGCAUAUGAAAAUAAAUCAUUUGAAUUAAGUCGUGUCAUAACUGCAGAUUCUUACAAAAGCAAUGAAGAAAAAAUGAAAAAUGUUUUAAUUGCUACUGUAGACAACGAAAUAAUAGGAAUGUGCGAAUUAAGUUUCUAUAAACGAAAAUCUAAAACAUUUACAAUAGAUUUCUUUAAAUCUAUAACACAUUUUCCAUUGAAGUCAAUGAUUAUUACUCUCGCUACAAUUGGUAUGUAUAAUCAUAUAGCAACUAAAGAGCCAGGAGAGGCUACAGUUGAUUUUCUAGCUGUAAAUAAAUAUUCUAGAGGUCUGGGUGUAGGAAAAAUUCUUUUGUCAAAAGCAGACGAAUUGGCAAUGCAAAAGAGUUGCAAUAAAAUAUCUCUGUUAGUUGUAUUUUCUAAUUAUGGAGCUAGAAGAUUUUAUGAAAAAUGUGGAUAUUCUUCAACAAAAGCAUUUAUCUUUAAGAAAUGGUUUCUAUGGGGAAAUGAGGGAGCUUUUAAAAUGGAAAAAAACCUAUUACCAAACACUGUACACUGA